AUGACAGGCACCCACCAAAGCUGCUCUGUCACUCCCCUCUGCAACUGGACAGAGGAGAGAAAAUACAACAAAAAGUUCACGAGUCGAAACAGGGACAGGGAGAGAUCAUUCAGAGAUGACCCUCACGGGCAAUGUGAAAUAGGUGAAGAUGAGGCAUUUGCCAAGCAACAUUGUGCGCUUUGCCACGGAAUAGGGGAAGGUGAGGAAUUUGCACCUCAGUGUUGCGCGCUUUGCCACGGGCGGGCUCCGCACUCGACCACGCGGGGCGGGCUCGGUCCGUCCCCGCCCAUGGCCGUGAGUGGCCGCGGGACGGGCCAGGUCUGCCCGUGCCGUGUGUGCCCGCGGCGGGAGCGGUGCAGAGCCGGGCUGCGCUCCGCUCCGCUCGGCGGGAUGAGCAGGGCGCGGCGGAGCGGCUGCGGGCUGCUCCCGGUCCUGCUGCUGCUGCCGCUGCUCGGCGGGGCGGCGGGGCCGGGGUGCGGUGGCUCCCACCGCCUGCUGCGCUUCUCCGGGCAGGUGCCCGAGAACAGCCCGGCGGGGACGCGGGUGCGGGGUUUGCGGGUGCCGCUGCGGAGGCUGCUGGGCCCCGGGGAGCCGGCCGGGGAGUGGGUGCUGGAAGGCGACGGCGCCUCCCGCUUCUCCCUGCAGCGGCGGCCGGGCGGCGGCGGGGGACUGCUGCUUCUCCGCACCGCCGAGCGCCUGGACCGGGAGGCGCAGCCCGAGUACGGACUCCGGCUGCGGCGGCGGGCGGGACGGUCCGGCCGGGAGGCGCUGCUGCGAGUCCGGGUCCUGGACCGCAACGACCACCGGCCGCGGCUGCCGCCGGCGCGGCCGCUGGAGGUGGACGAGCUGGUCCCGCUGGGCACGGAGGUGGCCCGGCUCCGCGCCUCGGACAGCGACGAGGGCGCUAACGCGCGCCUCACCUACCGUCCCUGGCCGCCGGGCGCCGGCAGCCGCCUGCUCUUCGUGGUGCCCCGCAGCGGGCAGGUGCUGACCGUGGGCUCGCUGCUGGGGCUGCGCCGGCUCCGCCUCUGCGUGGCGGCUCUCGACCACGGGCGGCCGCGGCCGCUGCGCAGCCCCGCGCGGUGCCUGCGCCUGGCCGUGCGCGGGCGGGGGGCGGCGGGCGGCGCGGGGCGGCGGCGGGAGCCGCGCUCGCUGCAGCCGCCGGGGCCCGGGGCCCGGCGCUACACGGCCCGCCUGCCCCCCGGGGCGCGGGUGGGCGACACCGUCUUCACCGUCCCGAGGAGCCGAGACCGGUCGGCGGGCGGCUGGUUCGAGCUGGCCUCUCCCGGUGCCACCCCCGUGGGGGUCGACAGGACGUCGGGGCGGCUCUACCUGAGGAGGGAGCUGCGAGCGGGCGGCCGGGCGGAGGUGCUGGUCAAGGUGCACCGCGGCGGCGGAGGAGGUAGCGGUCCGGGAGGGGACGGGGAGGGUGGCCGGGACGGGGUCGGUUCUCCCCACGGCGCUGCCGAGAGUGGGUCGAGAUGGCCGCAGAAGGAACGGAUGGGCAUGAAGGGCUGCCCCGAAGGAGGGGGAUGCUGUCCAGGCACAGCCGUGCCGGGCAUUUGCCAUUCGAGGAGAUGA